AGGGCCAUCCUUCGCCUCAGCAGGAGCAGGAGCAGCAGGAGGAGGAGGACUGGGAGCGGGAGAAGGGUGCGGAUGGCUCUCGGGGGACGUCGCAGAGCUCCUCACCGCCGCCACCCUCCUCCUGCUUCUCUCCAGAGGCUGAAGACAAGGCGGCGGAGGUGAAGCGGAGGCGCCUUGACGAAGACUACGACGACGACGAGGAGGAAGAAGAGGAGGAGGGUGGUGGUGGUGGUGCUGGCUCCCUCGCCGCGGCGGUGUCUCCGGCCUCCCUCCCGUGGCGCUGGUGGUGGCGGCGGAGGCGGCGUCCGCGGCGGAGGCGUCUCCUCUCGCCUUCUCCGCCGGGCCCCCCGUGCUGCCUCUGCGCGGCCUGUUGUCAUGGAGGAGCCAAGAUGGCGGCCCUGGCCUACUCCCUGGGCAAGCGGGAGAUCAACCACUACUUCAGCGUGAGGAGCGCCAAGGCGCUGGCCCUGGCCGCCGUCCUCCUCCUCGCCGCCUGCCAUGCCCUCUCCCGGCGGUACCAAGGUGGUGAUAGCUGUGAAUACCUUCUGUCUAGUGGACGAUUUCUUGGAGAGAAUGUGUGGCAGCCUUACAGCUGUAUGCUGCACAAAUACAAGCAGAGUGAAGCAAAAGAUUGUCUCACAGGCCAGCAUAUUACCUUUAUAGGUGAUUCUAGGAUUCGUCAGCUGUUUUACUCAUUUGUAAAGCUCAUAAACCCUCAGUUUAAAGAAGAGGGAAACAAGCAUGGAAACAUUCACUUUGAAGACAAAUCUUCAUCUUCUUCUCCGAAAGUGGAUUUCCUGUGGUAUCCAGAAGUCAAUGGCUCUAUGAAGCAGUGUAUCAGGUCUUGGAUUGACGGUCCUUCUGCAAAGCCUAACAUAAUUGUAGCAGGAGCUGCUACGUGGUCAAUCAAAAUUCACAAUGGCAGCAACGAAGCACUGACACAGUAUAAAAUCAAUAUCACAUCCAUUGCACCUCUUCUGGAAAAUCUGGCAAGGAGCAGCAAUGUUUACUGGGUCUUACAAGAUCCAGUUUAUGAAGAUAUGCUGAGUGAAAGCAGGAAAAUGAUCACUAAUGAGAAAAUAGAUGCCUACAACGAAGCAGCAAUCAGUAUAUUGAACAGCAGCUUCAGAAAUUCAAAAACAAAAGUAAAAGUUUUUAGUGCACCAAGACUGAUAGCAGAAGAAACCAUAAUGCAGUCCUCAGAUGGCUUACAUCUUCCCGAGUCAAGUAGAGAAACAAGUGCCAUGAUUCUCGUAAACAUCCACUGCAACAACGUUACAAAGCCAAUUGAUGGUUCAUGCUGCCAACCUCGGCCUCCCCUCACCUGGAUACAAAAGCUAGCUUUCUGCUUUUUUGCAUCAUCUGUAAUUGGAUAUUUAAUUCUGGUUCUGAUUCGUCGUAACAAUCACCGGAAGAACAAGCCAUGCACUGAUAUGGAAAGCGGAGAGGAGAAAAAGACCACUACGAAUAGCUCGGCUGUUUCUACCCUAGAGACACUUUUGCAAUGCUUAUGCAAACUUGGUUUUAUUAUGAGUUACUUCUACCUGUGUGACAGAGCCAAUCUGUUCAUGAAAGAAAACAAAUUUUACACGCAUUCAUCCUUCUUCAUACCAAUCAUUUACAUUCUGGUUUUAGGAAUAUUUUAUGCUGAAAAUACAAAAGAGACCAAGGUGUUAAAUAGGGAGCAGACCGAUGAGUGGAAAGGGUGGAUGCAGCUUGUCAUUUUGAUUUACCAUAUCUCUGGAGCAAGCACUUUUCUGCCAGUCUACAUGCACAUCCGUGUGUUGGUUGCUGCAUAUCUCUUCCAAACAGGCUAUGGGCAUUUCUCAUACUUCUGGAUUAAAGGAGAUUUUGGCAUCUACAGAGUGUGUCAGGUUUUAUUUCGACUGAACUUCCUGGUUGUGGUGUUGUGCAUAGUGAUGGAUCGGUCUUACCAGUCCUAUUACUUUGUACCUCUAGUCUCUGUCUGGUUUUUGAUUAUAUAUAUAACAUUAGCUCUAUGGCCUCCAAUAGUCCAGAAGAAAGCCAAUGGCAGUUGUUUCUGGCACUUUGGUUUACUGCUGAAAUUUGUUUUCCUGUUCAUCUGUAUAUAUUUUAUAGCCUAUUCUCAGGGUACAUUUGAGAAGAUUUUUUCUAUUUGGCCAUUGUCUAAGUGUUUUGAGUUAAAUGGGAGCAUCUAUGAAUGGUGGUUUAGGUGGAAAUUGGAUCGUUACGUUGUUUUUCAUGGAAUGUUGUUUGCUUUUAUUUAUCUAACAUUUCAGAAGCGGCAAGCCCUCACAGAAGGAAAGGGGGAGCCUCUCUUUCCCAACAAAGUUUCAAAUACUUUAUUAUUUAUUUCAGUAGUCUCUUUCUUGACCUACUCUAUCUGGGCAAGUAGCUGUAAAAACAAAUCUGAGUGCAAUGAAAUGCAUCCAUCUGUUUCAGUUGUACAGAUUUUAGCUUUCAUUCUUAUCAGGAAUAUACCUGGCUACGCCCGUUCUUUGUACAGUUCAUUUUUUGCCUGGUUUGGCAGAAUUUCCCUUGAGCUUUUUAUCUGCCAGUACCACAUCUGGCUAGCAGCAGAUACCAAGGGGAUUUUGGUCCUCAUUCCAGGAAACCCCAUGCUCAACAUUAUUGUCAGCACUUUUAUAUUCGUCUGUGUGGCACAUGAAAUUUCUCAGAUCACAAAUGAUCUUGCACAGAUUGUUAUUCCAAAAGACAAUGUGAUUCUACUGAAAAGGUUGCUGUGUGUAGGUUUCUUUUUUGGUGGACUUCUCUUUUUAUCAUCCAUUCAGAAACGGUCAACAUAAUUUCUCAUAUAUCACUAGAGUGUCACCGUGGGCUUCCUUUGAGUUUGCCUGCACCAAAAAAACCAAAAACCUGAAAUAAAAUC